AUGGCGGAAUUCUCCUUGGAUGGCUUUCAGCUUCAGGACAUCUUUAACUCAAGCCUGAGUUGGGAUUAUUUCCCAAACAGCAGCUACAACCCCGUUCACCUCAGGAAUGCCUACGCUGACUGCAACACCUUCAAGGUUAAAUCAUUUAACCAAGUCUUCCUUCCCAUUUUCUACCUUGUCAUCUUCUUUGUGGGACUGUUGGGGAAUGGAAUGACAGUGGCCGUUCUCUUGAGGAACAUGCAGACAUUGGCCGUGACUGAUAUCUAUAUUCUCUACUUGGCAUUCACUGAUAUUCUCCUGGUGGCCAGUCUGCCAUUCUGGGCCACAGAGUCAGCCAAGGGCUGGAUCUUUGGGUCAACUGCUUGCAAAAUAAUUGGGGCAAUGUUCAACAUCAAUUUUAACAGUGGCAUCUAUCUUCUAGGUUGCAUAAGCUUUCAGCGUUAUCUUUCUAUUGUACACGCAGUCCAGAUGUACAACAAGCGCAGGUCUUUAUCAGUGCAUAUCAACUGCCUUGUUGUUUGGCUCUUCUGUCACCUUUUAGCCAUCCCUGAUUUCAUAUACUUGAGAGAAAUAUAUUCCAAUGGCACUUUGCAAUGUCACUAUGAUUUUGAUGCCAAUAUUGCCAAGGCCUGGAUGGUGGGCUUUCGAUUUUUCUACCAUGUCACCAGCUUCCUUGUGCCGAUGACAAUAAUGUUCUACUGUUACAUCAUGAUCAUAAAAACUCUACGUGGAUCCCACAACAUGCAAAAGAGUAAGGAGCGUAGGGCCAUGAAGGUCAUUGUCAUGGUAAUUGCCGCAUUCUUAAUCUGCUGGGUCCCUUACAACAUAGUCCUCUUCAUAGACACUCUGCAGAGGCUGGGUGCCAUAGCCAGGAACUGUGUCAUUGAAUCUCAGCUGGACAUUGCUGUCUCCAUCACAUCCAAUUUGGGUUAUUUCCACUGUUGUCUCAACCCAUUCCUCUAUGCCUUUGCUGGAGUGAAGUUUAGGAGAAACUUGCUGCAGAUCUUCAGUGAUAUUGGCUGCAUCAGGCAGAAGACUAUGAAGAAAUACACUAAAUCUGGCAGCAGACCGUCUAUGACAACAACUGCAGACAGCAGACAGAGAGUUAUUGGAAGGAAAGAUCGAUGGGAAACGAAGGAGAAGGAAGCAGAGGAGGAAAUGGAUGACAGAUAUAAUGAUGCAGUUGACUUAAGUGGAAUGGAUAAGGACAGCACAGGAUUGACAGAGGUGGAGGUCCAUGGCUUCUGGAAAGAAGAUGACACCAAUGAAUGA